CCAGUUGAACUGUAAACUCACGGGGAAGAGGGACGUUGCAAAUCGCAGAGGAAACGGAUGUGAUUCAGUGCUAGGCGCGUUGUACUAGUGCCCUGCUGACUCCAAACUCGGCAUCGAGAGUGCCAGUCGUGGAUUCUACCACACAGGGCCAGGAGGAGUAGGAGGAGGUCGAGGGCACCGCGCUGCACCCACAAGAAGAAUAAGGCUGACCUUCACUCGCUCUCGGACACGCUGCGCUGAAGCGCCGGGAAUGGAAGUAUCAUUUCGUCUCAUUGUAGAAGCCAGGAGGAUGACACUUUCACACGUUUGGAAUCGAGAGCUCCAAUCUCAUCCUGUGCUGUGAACGGGUUUUGUGAAAAGGGAGCGAAAUUCGCAAAGUGGAUCAACUUGGCGUGGAAGUUCCUUCCCCUGCCAAGAUUCCAGUGGUCUCUGCUUUUCUUUGCCGUCCAAGAAUCGAAGAUGAUGAUGCGGAGAGCAGCAGAAAGCACCGUGAAGAAACAGCCGGACACACUCGUUGCUCAGAAUGGCCACAAAAGGAAUUCGGAGUUAUUUCUUGAUCCCAGCGGUUUUCGUACUGGUGUCGCUGUUUUACUUGUACGCGCUCCAGAUGCCCCUCGGUACUCAGCUGCGUCCGAAACCUCGCAGCGCUAUCGAGAUGGCAGAUGAGGACUCUCCCCACUACUUGAUCAAAACUGCCGGCUGCACCAUCCCAGACAUCGACCCUAGUCAUCCGAGCGUGGUCUCCUACAAGUCUAAAAAGGCUGAAGUGCUAGUGUGCUCCAAGAACCGGCCCCUGACGGAGGACUCUGGCUUAUCUCUGCUCUAUUUCGAAGAGAGGCUGCCCGAUUACAAGGUGCCCAAGAAAGCGGUCUACUGUUACUACGAGGGCGUCGAUCGGAAAGAACAGGAGCCUGGCAAAUAUAACCGCAAAUGCGACAAGCAGUGGAAAAUCAAGACGAAGAUUCCUAUCAAGAAGAAAGAGACGCCCAUGAAAGAGGACGGGAUCUUGGUGACCUGCGUCGACACGCGUCGAAAUAACACUGCUUUUUAUCGCAACGCGCAUUUCUUCAUACAGCCACGAAGGGCCGCCCAGAAAAGGAAAGCUUUUCAGGAAAAGUACGGAGAGCGAAGCGAUGAGCAACUGAGCAUCAUCUUCCUGGGAACCGAUGCUGUUUCGAGGGGCAACCUCCGCCGCCACAUGCCCAAGACCUUCCAGUACCUGAGGGAGAAUCUCCACGUCAUAGACCUACAAGGCUUCAAUAAAGUCGCCGACAACACAGACCCGAACCUCACGGCGUACCUCAUGGGCAUCUCCUACGACGACCUCAAAAGUCACAAAUGCACCAAAGCAAGUAAAACUAGGUACGACAACUGUCCUUUGAUAUGGAAAGACUUCGAAAAGAAAGGAUACGUCACCGCUUAUGCAGAGGACGCCCCGUGGAUGGGCACAUUUCAUUACAACAAAAUAGGGUUCUGCAAGGAACCCACAGACUAUUACAACAGGCCUUACUUUUACGCCUCCGAUAGUACGAUUGGCCACAGCGCGGGUCGGAGAGGCUACAACGGAAAGCUUUGCCAAGGAGCCAGGAGCAGCAUCUCUCUGAUUCACGAGUACUCGCUCAAGAUCGCCGAGGAAUUCAGGGAUAUCCCUUACUUCGCCUAUUACUGGACUGCCUCCGUCACGCACGACUACUUGACGUCAGCAGUGAUGGCCGACGACCCUUCCCUACGCUACCUGAAGAUGCUGCAGGAGGGAGGGUACUUGAACCACACUGUUCUCUUAUUCGUCAGUGACCACGGACUCAGGUGGGGGAGCUUCAGAUCAACCUACGCUGGGAUGCUGGAAGAGAGGAUGCCUUACGUCACCAUGGCAUUUCCACAAUGGUUCAAAGAGAGGUAUCCAGAAGCCAUGAAAAGUCUCAGGACUAACACCCGGCGGCUCACGGCUCCGUAUGACGUCCACGCGACGCUUCACGAUAUUCUGGACGGUUCAUAUGCUGAUCCAGCAGCAAGCAAGACAAAAAUACCCUUCGCCAUCAGUCUGUUCAAGGAAAUACCAAAGGGCAGAACAUGUGGCGAUGCCGGCAUUCCCGACCACUACUGUGCAUGUGAGGAUUCGACAACAGCAGACCCAAACGACCCUCACCUCAGGGAGGCAGCGAAGGAGACUGUGAAUGACAUCAAUGAGUCUUUGCAGAAUUUUCCCGACUGUGUUCAAUUGUCGCUGGACAGGGUACUACAUGGGCGAAUAGGGACUGCAAGAAACGCAACCACUCCUAAAAAGCUAGACACUGUGGCCACAACUUACCUUGUUUCAUUUGUUACUAAACCAGGAGGUGCUGUGAUGGAGUCCACGCUGAAAUACCACGGUGGCCAAUACGAGCUCACGUCAGAUGUAUCUCGAGUGAAUAAGUACGGAAACCAAAGCCACUGCAUUAAUGAUGAUGUCGUAAGAAAGUACUGUUACUGUAGAGAUAUGUUGACAUAAUACGAUUUAAUUAAAAUUAUAGAUAGACCUCCAGAAAAAAAACUGGUAGCUAUUACAAAAAAAGAAAAAAAUGUAAAGUGUAGUACUAAACCCGUCUUUGGGAAUUUGUUUCCCUAGGAAAAUGAAAAUAAUGCCAUUUCAUUAUAAACUGUGAAUCAGCAUUUAGGAAUUUUCGUUCGAAUAAGAAAAAAUUGAACUGUCUUAGAGGUUUUUAAAAUUAAAAGACUUGCAAGUUGUCACCCAGUUUUGACUUCUCACUGGAAAAAUACAUAGAACAUUAAGUAUUUUUAGUUAUCACAAAAUGUGGGAACUAACAUUCAGGGUUCUUUUAGGAAAAAAAUGUUACAAGUUCCAAUGGAACGAUAAAAAUAGACAUAAGUAACUUUUUGACAUUGCAAAUUAUGUCACGAUUUUAAUAUUAUUUAAAGUAAGGACAAUAUUUAUGAGAAAUGACUUCAGAUAAAUCAGUCUUCCUCGUGUGUUACAUAUUUAACAUGGCAUCUCACAAUCUCAUAUCCUGGUCUGAAUUUAAUUUAUUUUUUUCUUUCAUAUUAUUUCAUCCUCAUUGUCCUUUUUAUUUAAUGUUUUCUAAGCUGAGAUUGGAUGCGAUCUUUGACUGCUGUCUGAGUGCUGUGUGUACAUAUAUGAAGGACUUGGUGUAUUUUGUAAAUAUGCUGAAAUAUAAAUGCUCUUGUAAAUAAUCUAAGUGCUAAGUAACUGAGUUGACAGAAAUGUGAUGGGUUAUUUUGGUGUUACAAAUUAUGGUACUGUAUUUUUAUAUGAUUUGUACUUGAAAAUAUUUUUUUUUAUAUAAACUGAAACAAAAGCCAUCAACAUAUGUGCUGUGGAUACAAACAGGUUAUGGUACAAAUUAAGAAUGAUAGUGUUAUACGGUUGUAUUAAUAUCUAUGCCUUAAACAUUUUUACAAGGUAUUUACAGUUUUGUUGCCAAUAACUAAAAAAGGAAACAAAUUGUUCCAGUAUACAGUACAGUGUUUCACACAUUCCCUUUGAUAAUAAUUUAAUUUUGAUAUUUUUUUUCCUUCCAAAUUCUAUAGUCUCUAGUUAAUUUUCAGUAGCUGAAAAAAAAUUAUAAAAUCAUUGUGAGUUACGAUGAUUCAACCUCAUGAAUGUUCUCGAUUUUUUAAGCUGAGAAGUCAGUUUUCCCUGUUACUGGCUCUUCUUCGGGAAGAAUGAUGAGAUCAUGAAAGUACAAAUACUUACAAACAUAAGGCAGAUCAUGUUAAAUUAGAAUUUAAGGUUUUAUGUAAGCCAAAUUUCAAGUACUAAUCAAUAUUACGUAUAUCACAUCCAAAUUCAUUCAUCAUAUUGUUCGUGUGAUAUAGUACUGUACUACUCAGAGCCUUAUAUUUCUCAUUAUCUAAGGGCACUAAUCUCCUCUAGGGACUAAAGUCUUUACAGUAGUGCGUUUAAGUUAAUAGCAUUUUCUUAUUUUAGUUUUACAAUGCAAUUUAUCGUACUUGCUGCAAAUUUUCUUUCUCAUAUGUAACAUCAUUUACAUAUGAGAACGUGGCAUUUAGAAUUAAAUUUCGGCAUUAAAAAACGUAUGUACAAUAUCUGAAUACAUAAUGAAAAUCUGUAAAACAGACUUUGUAAGUUUCAUUUAGAUCAUGGGGAAAACAUUGCGAUGUGAGUUUUGCCUUGUGAUUGACUAGAGAUUUCCUUACUGAGUGUUUUGUAUAUUUGUCCAAAAGAUUUUAAUAAAGAAAUAAUGGAAA